UCAAAAUUCUGAACAGAAUAAAGAAUUUCGGUGUCAUUUUAUGUUAAAGAUUACAAAAUUAGAAUAUUUUUACUUCUCGCAUUUCUUCAUCCGAAACACUGAGAGACUCAUAAUGAAGGAGUGAUGUCGAAGUAAGAAUACAUGCAAGAAAUAAUUUUGAUAAACAAAGUAGAAAUAUUCGGUGAAAAAGUUUUGUGUACUUAAAAAUAAUCUUGGAUUUCUAUAUUGGAAGAUUUAGUACACAAAGCUGACAAGGCAGGAAUUUUUGGGGAAAAAUUUGUGUAUAGUUAGACUGAGAUAUUUAUAACUGAUAGAGAUCGUUGCUUAAUGGUGUGUAAAUAGUGACUCACGUUUCAGAAAUUUGCAGGAAAAGUGUUUUAUAGAUAUUAAAGAAACAUAUCGGAUAUUUCAUUGAAUGCAAAAUAAAUAAAUAAAACUUGAUUUGACUCGAAGAAUUUCAAGAGGGAAAUGAUAAUUGUGUGAAUUUCCAAACAGAUUAAUAAACUUAUGAAGAAGAUGACGAAAAUAUUAACCACAUGCGUUUUGAUAUCAACACUGGCUGUACUUCUAUGUGAUGCCAAAGUUCCAAUCCGAGAAUUUUUGGCGGUGGCUGGAGGUGAGGCUCGACUACCUUGUAACAUCGCCAUCCCUAAGGAACCGGACAUAAUAUCUCUCAUCUUGUGGUACAGAGAAGCACCCAAGUCUCCAAUCUACACUCUGGACUUCCGGAAGGGCCUUCCGGACGACGCCAAGCACUUCCCUGGCAAGAUGUUGAUGGGGAGGGCUCAUUUCGAGACCAAUGAAUACCCACCCACCCUCAUCAUCAAGCCGACUUACGUGGAGGAUGAAGGCAUCUAUAAGUGUAGAAUAGAGUACAAGAGGGCAAGAACUGUCACGAGACUGGUGAAACUGAUUAUUAUAGUGCCUCCGCAAGCUGUCGUCAUAAUGGAUGACCGGGGUCAACGAUUGAAGAGGCUGGCCGGUCCUUACGACGAAGGAGCCUAUCUAUCUCUACUUUGUGAAGCAGAAGGAGGCAACCCAGCUCCUAUUGUAACAUGGUGGAAAGAUGGUUCGCUGAUAGAUGAUACAUAUUUCCGAACAUCUCAAGGAUUCGUCAGAAAUGAGCUGGUGAUUUUAGAACUUAAGAGAUCAGAUUUCAUGGUAGAGCUCAUUUGUCAAGCGUCCAACACAAAUCUGACACAACCCAUUAACGCUUCCGUUAGAAUAGACCUAAAUAUGAAACCUCUCUAUGUGAGUAUUACCACAGAACCGAAACCUCUCAAAGUGGGAGACGAUUUAAGAUUGGAUUGCCAGACUUCAGGAUCCCGACCACAUGCCAAAAUUGCAUGGUGGAUAGACAAUAAGUUGAUACAGAACGAAAAACAUUCAUCUUUCACCACGCAAAACGUGACCCACAGCAGCAUUCACUUAAGUCCUGGCAUUGACGACAAUGGGAAAGUUGUUAUUUGUAAAGCAGAAAACCCAGCGUUACCUCAUAGUGAUAUGCAAGAUACAUGGAUUCUAAACAUUCAUUUUGCUCCAGAAGUUUCGCUUCAACUGGGAGCCAACAUCAAGUACUCCACCAUCAAGGAGGGAAACGACGUGUAUUUGGAGUGCGUGAUUAAAGCCAACCCACCUGUCUCGGAGCUGACCUGGUUCUUCGAGGGUGUUCCGUUUUAUGGGAAUUCUUCUGCGGGAGUAAUCAUCUCCAACCAAUCACUGGUGUUGCAGAAAGUUCGGAAGGAACAUCGCGGGAAUUAUAAGUGUUUGGCUGCUAAUACUGAGGGACAGGGGCAAAGCCUCGAGCUGUUAUUGGAAGUCAGAUACGCUCCUACUUGUAAAGCGAGUCAAAAGAAUCUCUACGGAGUGGCAAGAGGAGAGGACGUCAACAUCACCUGUGAAGUCGAAGCUGAUCCAAGAGAAGUCUCAUUCCGCUGGGCCCUCAACAAUUCCGUAGAAAACGUAGAGUUACACAAUUUCACCAGUAAAGGAACCCGCAGUGUCUUGACCUUCACUCCAAGAACGAUGCUAGAAUUUGGUGCUGUGCUGUGCUGGGGACAGAAUGUGGUCGGAGUGCAGAAAGAGCCGUGCGUCGCGCGCAUCAUUCCUGCAGGUCGCCCUGAUCCUGUUCGGAACUGCGUGGUGACCAACCGCUCUCACACCUGGCUGAAUGUGGAAUGCGAGUCCGGGUACAACGGUGGCUUGCCCCAAAGGUUCCAUUUAGACGUCUACAAUUCAGCUGUUGAUCACUUGCAACUUAACAUGACAUCCCCCGACGCUCCUGUGUUCUCAAUCGGCAAUCUACCUGCGGGCACUCCCUUCGUCUUCGUGAUUUAUGCCUCCAACGAAAAGGGGAAGAGCAACUCCGUGGCACUCCUAGGAAACACCUUAUCUAUUCGUGACCAAGAAAAUGAUGCAGCACUAAUGAGCAGUCUGAGUCCACUGGUUACCAUCUUACUGGCCGCCCUCGGCACUCUCCUGGUGAUAGGCGUAGUCGCACUGGCACUGGUUCAAAUUCGCAGAAAGCGAACUCGAAAAGCACCAGCACCCAUUGAAGAAGAUAAAGUGAAGAUCACAAAAUCUUCAAAGAAAUCCUGCGAUGAUUUAACUGAAAAUGCAACAGCUUGUCCCGACGUUGUGCCUCCCAACAAUGUUUGUGAUAGUGAGAGCCUUGAAAGUGCCAUGAUAAAAGACGGACAGUCACCAGACAGUGCUAAAUGCAGCAAGAACUAUCGCAAUUGCGUCGUGGCUCUUAAGCGAUCGUGGAGUUUGAAGAAACGCUGCCAAGAGAAGGCAGAGAUUGAGGUGAGUUUAACCGAUCUGAACUACCGGGACGAGUUGACGAGGAUCCCCCUCUCCCCAACUACGAUCGUCCACCAAACGCAGUGGUUCGAGGAAGAUAGCAAACCCUCUAGUAAAAACGCCGUGAUCAUCGUAGAUGAGCACGGGGAAGGAGGAGCGACGCACCGAAGUAUAGUUCCUCAACAAAGUACAACACCUUUUUGACAAAUUUAUACCAUCAUCCAAACAAAUUAUAAAGCUUUGAUAUUUUAUUGAGAGCUAAUAAUGUCGAGGAAGUGGCACAAGAAAGAAGACGAUA